CAUAGAAGAAGUGAUGAUUUCCUUCAGAAUUAAAAGCAAAUUAACCAAAUGCUCAAAUUUUUGGUGUGAUGAAUUGAGGAAUCAGUUUGGAUGGUCAGCUGUGCACACACAGUUAUUCAAAAAUUGAAUUUGAAGAACGAUUUAUAGAGCAGCUUUCUCUGGUCUUGUUACUUUUAUACUUGUGAUGCCAUGUUAGUAUGGUUUCUGGGCCGAGUAAGGCAAAUGAAUACACACUGGCUGCUACCAAAAAUCCCAAAAGAAAUAUUUUGAUUUGAAGUGGAGUGUAUUGAGGUAUGGAGGGAGAUGGAGCGCUUUCAGCAGAGGCUUUAAGCAAAUUUGAGGAAGGAGCGGGGCUGGUGUUUUCCCGUUGGACGGCCCUGCAAAUGGCCGUGCAGAACGAAUGGGGAGGAAGAUCUUCUGCUCAGAAAGCUCACCAAUUUGCUUCCGAUGUCGUCGCUUGGCUCGCUCACUCUACUCUUCCACGAUAUAUUGAUGAUUUGGAGGAGAUGCUAGAUGAAAACAUGCUGCUUUCUUUCAACACUGAAACAGAGGAUGGUAGUCUCGAGGAGCAGGUAGCAGAACAACUGAUGUUAUUGCAUGAGGAAUGUCUCCAAGGAAACUAUGAAACAAUUAACAAACUGCAAAUGUCCGGGUCAACUGCACAAUCUGUUAUGCAAAGUCAGCAGUCAGGAGAUGACUCUGAAGAUGAAAAGUCAAAUGAGGAAUGUCAGCCUGCAAUGAAGAUGGAUAUAGAUACAGGUCCACAGGAUGCAACAACAGACAAACUGGAGAGCUCCACAGCAAAGAACCUCAGUGAAAAAGAUAUUGCAGAUGGAUGGUCUGUUGUUCCAUCCAGACGCAAGAGAGGACAGAAUAAGUCAUGAAGAUUUUGAUACUGAUGUGUAGCUAAUUUUCUCUACUGAGUGGGGUGAGAUGUUUGCACUCAUGUCUAAUUCACUAGCUGGAAAGUCUUUUGAGCAGAUAGCUAUUUUUCUGUUCACCUGUAUUGGUCAGUUUUGAAAUCUUGCAGAAAAUUAUCUAUCAAGAGGCUAAUUAUUUAC